AUGACAAUGGUUUCCUUAACAACUCUAUUUUUCUCUUCUCAUGUUCUGUUACUCCUGAUCACUCAAUCCCUUGCUCAGCCAGAUCUCGCAGGCCAUUUCUGUUUCAAUGGAAAAGGUAACUACACCACUAAUAGUACCUACCAAACAAACCUCGACACCCUUCUCUCCUCCCUCGUCUCCACCAAUGGCAACGGCUAUGGCUUUUACAAUUCAUCCUAUGCUGAAAACUCAACCAACCAAGUUUAUGCAACCGGACUUUGUAGAGGAGAUGUUGUAGCUGAUACUUGCCGUAGCUGCCUUAAAAACUCCAGCCUUGAGCUCAGAAAGCUUUGUCCUAACCAAAAAGAAGCUCUUGGGUUUUAUGACACUUGCAUGUUACGCUACUCAAACCGAUCCCUCUAUGGCCUCAUGGAGGAUUAUCCUCCUUUCACUUUCGUGAGUACAAGAAACUUAUCAUCAUCGGAAGUGGAAAAGUUCUUUGAAGAUCUUGGGAAUCUAUUCCGAAGAUUGAGUAGUGAAGCUGCAGCAGGUGGUUCACUUCGUAAAUUCGCAGCAAACAACACUACGUCAGGUUUCAAGACAAUAUAUGCACUAGCCCAGUGCACGCCAGAUUUGUCCGAGGAACUUUGCACUGAUUGCUUGGCUGGUGCUUAUGGAGACAUCCCAACUAACAGUUAUGGGAAGGAUGGUGCCAGAAUUGUUAAACCAAGUUGUAACAUUCGGUAUGAGAUUUCUCCCUUCUACGACCUUGAAAAUGUGGCACCACUGCCAUCAUCGCCACCAAUAUCUGCGCCUUCACCAUCAACCAAUACCACAAAUUCAGAAGGACCCCAGAAGAGUAAUAAGUCGCGGACCAUCAUCCUAGUAGUUGUGGCAGUCACAGUUUCUCUCGUACUAAUUGUAUGCAUCUGCAUUUAUUUAAGGGUAAGGAAGACAAAGAAAAACCUUGAUCAAAAUAAACUUCCAGGUGCCGAAGAUGCAGAUGAAAUUAGAAGUGCAGAAUCCUUGCAAUUCGACUUUGGCACCAUCAGAGUUGCUACAGAUGAUUUUUCUGAAGCAAAUAAACUUGGACAGGGCGGUUUUGGUUCUGUUUACAGGGGUAAACUUUCCGAUGGUGAAGAGAUAGCAGUGAAAAGGCUCUCUAUGGAUUCUGGACAAGGAGAUUCAGAAUUCAAAAAUGAGGUCUUGCUAGUAGCUAGGCUUCAACACCGAAAUUUAGUUAGACUUCUCGGUUUCUGCUUGCAAGGAAACGAAAGGCUUCUUGUCUAUGAGUUUGUUCCUAACUCAAGUCUUGAUCACAUCAUAUUUGAUCCAAUCAAACGCGCACAAUUGGAUUGGGAUAAGCGUUACAAAAUCAUAGAAGGCAUUGCUCGAGGGCUGCUUUACCUUCAUGAGGAUUCUCGGCUUAGGAUUAUUCAUCGCGAUCUCAAAGCUAGUAACAUCUUAAUAGAUGCAGAAUUGAACUCCAAAAUUUCAGAUUUUGGCAUGGCAAGGUUGUUUGUGCUUGAUGAAACACAAGGCAAUACCAGUCGUAUUGUGGGGACCUAUGGAUAUAUGGCUCCUGAGUAUGCCAUGCAUGGACAUUUUUCCGUGAAGUCUGAUGUCUAUAGUUUUGGUGUGUUGAUCUUGGAGAUAAUAAGCGGACAGAAAAAUAGCUGCUUCCGUCAGGGAGAGAACAUGGAGGAUCUUCCAAGCUAUGCAUGGAAAAGCUGGAGGGAAGGAACAACUUCAAAUCUAAUAGAUCCGACAUUGACGAAUGGUUCAAGGACCGAAAUCAUGAGAUGCAUUCACAUUGGUUUGUUAUGCGUGCAAGAAAACAUAGCUGAUAGACCAACCAUGACUUCAGUUAUUCUCAUGUUGAAUAGCCACUCUCUCAGUCUCCCGGUACCCUCAGAACCAGCAUUUUUUAUGCAUAGUAGUGUCGGAUCGGACCUGUCCUUGGGAUGGGAAAGUAGUUCAGGAGUAACAGCGUCCAAGAGCAACUUUGUCUCGGUCAAAGUACCUGAAAAUGAGGCUGCAUUAAUCUCUGAAGUAUAUCCUCGCUAGCUUGAAGAUCGAUAAUCUGACAUUACCACCACGUUUAGAUCAUAAUGUAAUUUAUUUAGUAACCAUCUUUUUGUUGGAUUUUGGUCUUAAUUCUUAAGUAGUGUGGUUCAUUCA